AAUAAAACCUAUACAGCUAAGGAAAGUGAGGCUCAAAGAGGGCUGUGGUUGACUCCAGGUCACAGGACCUGGACCUGUCCAUGACUGAACUGCCAGAGAGUGGCAACUCCACACCAAAGCUAUGUGGGGGUCCUGGAUUAUCAGCUACUGGGGACAGGGACACUUGGCUUUCGGGAAGUAAAUCUCGAGGGGCGGAGGUGCAGGAGCCGACUCAGGCGCAGAGUUGGGGAGGAAAUGCUGUCCAGGAGGAGCGAGCCGCACAAUAAGCAGUCACAUGGCCUGGCAGGGGCUUCCUGUUUCCUGGCCCCUCCCCGGCCAGCCCUGGCAGCCCAGGACCAGAUGGGCAGCAGACAGUGACCUGGAAGCUCAGACUGUGACCACAAGUGCCCCAAGAAGCAAAGAGGGAGAACUGGACCCAGUAGCUGAGAGUUCUGAAGAGGGCGAGGUGGCCUGCGGGAGCUCUAGGCCCAGCCCUGUGCCAACACCAGGGAGCUCAGAGCCACCACAGCUGGGGCCUGUCGUGGAGGCCAGCGGCCAGGAUCCAGCGAGUAGGGCUGGCAAAGAGACUGAGGAGGACAGGAACAGGUUGAGGGCCCCUGCCCCGGAAGACACCCACUUGCUCACAGAGGAUGCCUGCCAGAACCAGGAGCAGGCAGCCCCACAGGACAAGGCUGCUGUUGGUCUUGGGCGUAGGAACCUUGGAGACCCUGAUGUGUUCCAGACCCUGCAGCACGCCCUGGCUUCCCUGGAAGCCACGGCUGCUGCCUGGCACCCACAGCCCUUGAGCAGCCCUGGGUCUGGGGAGGCAGUGGGCAGGGCAGAUGGGACCCUGGGGCCCUGGCAGGAGGUGACUCGCAUGGCUGAGAAGAAUGCCUGGCUGCGGCUGGCCCUGGACACACGGGAGGACGAGCUGGCACAGCUGCGGGCUGAAAGCGAUGCACUGAGGCAUGAGGUCCGGGAGCUGCAGGAUGCCCUACAGAGGCUGCAGGCUGCCUCACCCCGCUCCCCGAGCCAUGCAGAUGUGGGCAGUGAUGUGGACAGUGAGGCUGACGGGGAGUCGUGGACUGUGCGGGACCCGUCCUUGGUGCAACCCCUGCUCCAGCGCCUGCACUGCGACCCCAGUGCCCAGCCCCCCAGCUCUCUCCUACAGGCCUGGGGCCCUGACUCCCGAGUCCUGGAGGGGCAGGAGGAGCAGCUCCGAGGGAGCAUGGAGAAGCUUAAGGGCUUCAACCGCCUCCUGCUAGUUGCGCUGCAGGGUGCCAAGGGCCGCUGUGAAGGGCUGAGCAUGCAGCUGAGCCAGCGGGAGGCCGAGGCCACUGCGCUGCACCUGGCCCUGCAGUUCAGCGAGGACUGCGAGGAGGCCUACAGUGCCCUGCUUGCCCUGUGGGAGGCCAGCGCCACAGCCCCCAAGGGUGACCUGCAGGGGGCCCAGGACGAGGCACAAAGGCUGCUGGCACGUGCACAGGCUGCGGGGGACAGAGGGGCUCUGCAGCCCAGCCCAGAGGGCAGCAGCCUGGUGGCAGCCACGCCACAGGAAGUGGCUGCCCAACUCUGUGGUCACGUCCAGCGUCUCUGGGAGCACCGUGCCCUGGUGAAGCUUCCUCCAGAGCCGGAUUCCACCUUGGUACCCAGGCCCACCGUGGCCCAUGCAGAAGCUCUGGUGCAGGCCAUUCUGGAGGCCCAGCCUGGCCCAGCCCUGCCCCAGCUGGAGAAGACACAGCUCCAGCAGGCCCUGGUGGCCACACGGGAGACGCUGGGCGACCUGGCACUGCAGCUGCAGCUGGCCCGGCGCGAGAAGCGGGGCCUCGAGCUGCGGGAGGCGGCUCUGCGCGCCCAGGCGCCCGCGCUGCUGCUGCUGCUGGGCCAGCUGCGCUGGGAGCUGGAGCAGCUCGGGGCCCGGGCCAGUGGCGGCGGCGGGGACAGCAGUGAGGGCAACAGCAGCGAAGAUGAGGAGGCGUGUCCCCAGCAGCGUCCAGCCAGUGGCAAGGAUGAAGGCCCAGAGUGCAGAGUACGGGACCCGGAGCAGCUGGCCCAGGACCUGGAGGCAUCCCUCAGCCGGUGUGUGCUGAUGCUGGGUGGGGUCUGCGGGGUUCUUCAGGGCAGGGAGCAGACAGGCAGGCAGUGGCCGAGACCCAUGACCCCUGUCUCUUUUCCUGCCCCACCCAGUGCCCAGGGCCUGCAAGAGCAGCUGUGGUCCCUCCGGGCACAGCUGGAGCAGGUGAUCCAGCGAGGCCGUACUGGCCGGGCCCAGAGUGCCGAGCUGAGCGAAGAUCUCUGUAGAGCUCACAGUGCCCUGCUGCUAGGCUUUUGGGGAGCCCACCGGAAGCAGGAAGAACAGCGCAGGAAGCUGGAGAAACAGAUGACCCAGAUGGAAGCCUGGCAGGCUGAGGAGCUGGCCAGGCUGGAAGCCACAGCCCGAGCCCUGGGGAGGCCCCGGCCGUGUGCCCUACCACCCCCGCUGGGGGAGACCCUGCUGUAGUGUCAUAAAUGUCCUCUGGUGA